AUGCCCGCUCCUGCCGUCCUUGCACUCUUGAGCGGCAUUGGCUCCGUCUCAUCUAACGCUGCUGGUAAUGUGGCUGGUAGCGCUAUAAUUGAUAUUCUGGGAGCAAUAGUCCUAGCAAAAACAGAAAGCAAGGUGACAGAGCAAUGCAUCAAGCAUUGGCUGUUUUCGAAUGGGACAUCCGAAGAAGCCAAAGAGAAGCUCACAAAUACUCGAGGGUUCGGGCUGAUCCCUAAGUCUCGCCAGUACCAACAAACAGCCGAUAAUCCGUUCCAGGAUCCAACUCAAAUGCCCAAUUUCCUUCAUAGGGCAGUGCAGAAGCCUAUGGUGGCAAGUUCUCAACUCACUCAUUCCUCAGGGCAAGGCCGAGAUAAGCAUGUGACAUGGGCGACAGAUACAGAGACAGUCCAAUCCGAAAACCAAGAUGAUAUUGCCUUGGAUAUUGCCUUGAACAAUGUCACAGCAUCGGAUAUCACAUCAGCUGGUCUCCCUCUAUGA